AUGCCAUACAUGAAUCCCUGCCUGCGGCAAGCUGCUUUGCAACCGCAGGCGGUGCCUUUGGAUGUCCUCCGGAGCAUCGUGCACCGGCUGGGAUGCUUCGACAUGCAGCCGCGCCGCUCCAAGCGCGCGCAGUCCAAGGCAGUCACGGGGGAGGUGGUUGCAGUCUCCUCGACAUCGUCCACAGAGAGCCUCGGGGCGCGUCGCGCGCAGGAGAAGGAGUUCGUACAGAAGCAUGACUCCGAGACAAGUGAGGUUAGUGGCAAGGGGGGUCUCCCCGGGCCCAUCACCAACGAGACUCUCGUCCGCCCGGACGGAUCCCCGCUGCCCGGCAAGCGGGCCGUUGAGCACCUUGGGCACUUCCGGGGCGUGAACCCAGAAGUGUGGCAGUACUUGCAGUCCCGCCACGGGGGAGGGCCCGAGAUCGUGCGCAUGAAGCAGAUCAAGCUCUACGUCGACAGCCCCACCUCCCGGCCGAACGCCUGGUCCAACGCCCCGCCCAUCUCAAGUGCCUUUGCCAUGGCAAAGUCGGCGUUCACGGCGUCACCGGGUUCUACGACCAUGUCUCCCGCCAAGAGCAAGUCCGUAUCGACGCCGGUGGCAUCGCAGGGCAAGGUCACCUGCGACAAGUGCGACGGCCCGCACGCGACGGAGACGUGCCCGCAUUUCGAGAAGCCUCGGGACAAGCAUCCCGACGCCUGGUGCCUCAAAGGCAAAAGCCACCUCGUGGCCGCAGCAGAGCUGGAGGAGGCGAAAUUCGUUAGCCGUGCCCGUGUGGUGCGACAGCCAGGAGACGGCUCGUGCCUCUUCCACUCCGUGUCCUACGGGCUCGGCGAUGGUAGUACAGCCCACUCGCUCCGAAAAGGCGUUGCCGAUACCAUCUCCGGACAGCCGAACAUGCAGAUCCUGGACACGCCCCUUGCGGAGUGGAUUCGCAUGGAUGCCAACGUCGGGGUGAACAGCUAUGUGCAGCGACUCCGAGGAGGUGCCCCAGAAGAGGAGUUUAGGGUUUAG